AUGGUCAGCUUGGCCACGUCCCAGGAUCGGAUAGCAGCUCAGAUGUUGGCUAUCAGCUCUGUGGUCUCUUCAUCUUUAGAGAGUUCAGGGAUUAGGAACCCUGGAGCUGGGGCACUCCGGAGUGCCCCUCGACUCACAAAGUGGCAAUGCAGGCAUGGCGCUUUGCUGGUCGUCCCUGGCAAACCCUUCCUGGCCCAGGUGUGGCUGUCGAGCCAGGGCAGGGACUGCCGGCCUCAGGUCACUCAGAAAGUUGGCUGGCCACGGCCGCACCUGAAGCCAGGUUCGCGGUCGGAGACAAAGCCCCGCGCAGAGCAGAGACACCAGGCGGGAGGCGGCGCGGGUCACCCGGACCAGCGGUGCAGGCGGAGGGCACCGUGGCGAGCAACGUGGAGCAAGCCGAGGGCCGAACAGCCUGCAGCUCCCGGAGGCACAGGCCCGGGUGCAGGGAGCAGCAGGCUCCCCAGAACUUUGCGGCGCCAGGACCUCGCCCUUACCUGCAGAGGCGGUGCUGCCCGCGCCAGCGAGGACCCGGCGGCUGACGCUCGGGUGAGGCGGCCCCGCCCAGCGCGGGGACCGUGGCGGGCCGGGUUCUGGCCGUGGCUCGGCUCGGCUCGGGCUGGGCUGGGGCUCCGCCUCCCGCGCCGCGGCUGCAGCCGGAGGUGGGGGGAGCCGGGCCGCGCCGUCUGGCGGCGGCAGGUGCUGAGGCUGCAGCUGUGGGGCCGCCAGCUGCCAGCGCGCGACCCCCGCCCGGGGAGGAGUCCACCGCGCCACCAACUGGAGCUCCGGAGGUCCCGGCCACCGCAGUGGGCGGUCCUGCUCCCACCCGGCCCUGCCUCCACCGACCUUCCCCGGCCACCCGCUGGGGCGCGCAGCGUCCGCCCAGUUCCCACGGGGACACUGAGGCCUGGAGAGGAAAGGGACUCCCCAAGGUCAUCCAGAACUGAAGUGAUAGCUGGGCCAGAGCUGUGACCCAAAACUACCCCCGCCUUCUCUCCCCUACAAACAAAUUAUGCGGGACCCUGGGGGAUGUGAAGGAUUUGUAAUCUCCUCUACCCCCUUCCCUAGCCCCAACCCCAAAGGACCCAAGCCAAGAGGAGUUGGAGGGGGUGGCAUUACGGACAACUUCCGUUGGUCUGCAAACUCUUUCCUUGCUGAGCCGGACGCUUUUCAGGCCCCUCCAGCCGUCCCUGUUGGUCACCUGAAGGGCUCUUCAAACCUGGAAGCCCUGAACUGCUGAGGAUCCUUGGAGCUCUAUGCUCAGAUCACUCCCCUGAGCAUUUCAUCUGAGCGGACUCCACUUCUACCGACUCUCUGUCCAGCAAACCCCAAUGUAUCUCUCUAAUCCAAUAACUUUCCAAGUUGAAUUAUCUAUUGAACACGUACCAGGCCCGCGUGUGUCAGACACUGGACAUACAGCUUCCAUAAAACUCAACCCCUGUCCUCAGGGAAGUACCAUCUAAUGGGCUCCAGGAACAGCAGCACCAUUCCAGGACACCAUGCCAGAUCCCGGCCUUUAUGCAGAAACUCUCCUGAGUGAUCCAUCUUUGAAAGUCUGGCUAUUCUGCUGGAUGUGUGACUCUUCAGCUGUGCUCCAAAUGCUGCUUGCUGGACAACUCCUGAAUAUUGUCCUGGUUCCCCAGGCUCAACAGAGCUCGCACCAAAGUCACAUCUUUUGCCCAAGUUAACUCCUCUGCGUGGUUUCCCUGUCUUUACUGGUGGUGAUACCAUCUUUCCCCAGACAUUUAAAUUAGAAACCAAAGGGAUGUUUUAGACUCUUCUCUCUUCCCGGCCCCCACACCCUGCUGGACAUUAAGACCAGUCAACUCUAACACACAUCUCCUCCUUUUCAUCUGGCUGUCCUUGCUGGAGCUGGAGCCUUGCUGAUUCUUGCCAAGGUUAGUGUCAUCUAUUUGCCAUGCAUCCUUCACACAUUGCCUAUGGUCUUUUACACCCACAAAUCUGCCACCAACUAAUGAAUGGAUUAAAAAAAGAUAUUUUUAAUACAAAGGAGCACUACUCAGCCAUAAAGAAAGAUAAACUUGAGACAUUUCUAGCUAAAUGGAUGCACCUUGAGACCAUACUCUUCAGUGAAAUAAACUGGACACAUAUGUGUAAAUUCUGGGGUGAGAAACUGAACAUGUAAAUAAGAACCAAAAUGUCUAAUAGAUAUUGUGAAAUAGGCAGAAAUUGUUCAAAAGGAAAGGGGAUCUAGGGGAAAGGGAGAAGGUAAGGAAGGGAGAGAAAAGAAAAAAAUGAGAAAAGAGGGCUAAACUGAAAACAAAGUUUUGUAAAUAAGGAGGGGAAGAGAGUGAAGGGGAAGGGGAAUGGGAGAAAAAAGAGGCAUCAAGAUAAUCACAUAGAGGUGCAAAUUCCCCAUGAUGAAUGUAACCAAUAUGUAUAUCUAAAUUAUACCAAUAAACUUAAUUUUUAAAAAGCUCCACAAA